AUGGCAGAGGAUGAUGACGUGGGGCGUAAUUUCAUUUAUGAGACCAGCGAUCGAGAUGGUCAGGAUGCCACGCAGGAUUCGCUAACAGAGGAAGCGAAAUCCCUUCUCAGUACUCAUAAACCGACGCAGGUCGACGUUUUCCAGAAAGAACACACGCCAGUAGAUUGUCGAAAUAGCGCUUUAACUCCCAGUACCAUUAAACACAAAAGAAAUGUUUCAUCAGAUGCGACACCUGUUGGAGCAGCUUUUAGUGAAGGCAUGUUAUCGAUACCGCAUCGCCGUACUUAUCUAAAUAUUGCCGAAACUAAGGAGGAAAACAAACAACUUAAGGCGGAAGUAUUCGACUUGAAGUCACAACUGUUUAUGCUGAAAAGAAAGUUACCGUCAAUACUAGACAAUGAAGGAAAAGAUUUCGCUGAAGAAGUGAAUCAUAUUGAUUUUUCACUCCUUAUUAUUUGUUUGAUAUUUAAAAGAGAAAGAGGGAAAAGACGAUUUAUCAAAAUUUCCUUGAUACUUUCGAAAAAAAUUUCCUUGACGGAACUAGAUAAUGAAAAAGUUCGCCGAGUAGAAAUGGAACAGAUGUGGCAUUCACAGAAAAAAAAACUCGAUGAAGAAAGAUUGAAAUUCGAAAGUGAAAGAAAAGAGUGGGAGAAAAAGCAUGAAAGACUUCUUAUGGACAGGGACGAACGUGCAGCCGAAUUGAAAGAGCUUCACCAACAGUUAUCUGAAAAACAUGGUGAACGCGAUGAUGGUAACGAAAGUCAGGGCGACAGUUCUUUGAGUACUAUUUCAUUGAUAUCAGAAAGAGGCAUGGAAAUUGAGAAAUUGCGUUCGGUAGUCCUUCAGCAAAGUGUCGAUGAGAAGAAGCUCCGGAUGAAAAUGGAUCAUGACAUAAUUCAAUUGCAAAAUCAACUGAAGCUUGCUCAAGAUGGUUUAGCGAACCAGACUGCUCAUUACACGGAUGAGAAAAAGCGCUGUGACACGUUAAGAGCUGAAGUGACGAGGCUUCAACAAAUUGCAGAUGAAGCUAAGCAGGAAGUAGAAUAUCAGAAGCAGAUCUCUGAAGAACAGUUAGCAAAGGCUCGUGCUAUCAGUGAAAUUGCAUUGAGUAAACGGGACCGCACUAUUCGUAUAUUGCUGAAGAAACUAAAAUCAAGAGAUAUUGAAACGUAUUCCAGUUCGAAAGUCGAGGGGAACAACUCGUGCUCGCUGCAUCAUGAUAUUCCGAAUUUGAAUCCUUAUGCUCAAGGAAUACUGGAUCAAAUCAAUGAG